GACAUCAAUCAUGUGGACAUCCAGUGGCUCCCUUACGACCGUUCAUAGAUGAACGCCGAUAUAUUAUUAAUUUCUUUGCUACGAGGUAGCGUUCGGAAGAUAUAUGCAUUUUGGAUUUUUAAAAGGAAGAAAUUGUACGUGAUGUCAGAGCUCAACAUCGGAUUUAACUUGUUGGGAAAAAUUAAUAGUUUGCGUCAAUCGAGGACGUUUCUGUUGUUCAUCGUGUUUAUGGCGCUUCUCCUUGACAAUAUACUUGUCACCGUUGUUGUUCCAAUAAUUCCGGAUUUCUUAUACGAGCAACAGGCUGAAGAUGCACAGCGUGAAUCAAAGCCAACAAAUGUUUAUGCAAAGUAUGAAAACUAUAGUAUAAUUCCCAGCAACUUUACUCCGGCGGAAACUGAAGUUCCGGAUAUAAUUGAAAAUACAGUUCAAAAAGAAAGUGUUUACAUCGGUGUGUUAUUUGCAUCUAAAGCUAUCGCUCAGCUCAUUACUAAUCCCUUUGUUGGACCACUAACAAAUAGGAUUGGCUUUCACAUACCGAUGUUUACCGGACUUAGCAUAAUGUUCAUUUCGACAUUAGUAUUUGCCUUCGGCGAAAGCUAUGGCGUGUUAUUGACAGCUAGGAUGGUACAAGGAAUUGGAUCGUCGGCUUCGACUGUCUCAGGCAUGGGAAUGCUUGCUCAAAGAUAUACAGAUCAAGAAGAGCGUGGAGCUGCAAUGGGUAUAGCUUUAAGCGGUCUAGCAUUUGGUGUUCUAAUUGGCCCACCGUUUGGCGGCUUUAUGUACGAUUUCGUUGGUAAAGAAUCUCCAUUUCUUGUCAUAGCGGGACUAGCACUUCUUAAUGGGUUUUUGCAGUUGUCAGUGUUGGAUCCAGGCAACGACACCAAUGCAGUUAUGGAGGGAGCACCGUUACUACAGCUUCUACGAGAUCCGUAUAUCCUUAUUGGUGCUGGUAUGGUUGAUUCCACGAUGUUGCCGUUGAUGGGGUAUUUAGUUGAUAUUCGCCAUGUCUCAGUAUAUGGAAGUGUCUACGCAAUUGCCGAUGUAGCGUUUUGUAUUGGAUUUGCUGUUGGACCAUCUGUAAGCGGCGAGCUCAUCUCAGUUGUAGGAUUUCCAUGGAUGGUUCGUGGCAUGGCGUUUCUCAAUAUAAUUUUUGCUCCAUUGUGUAUAUUCCUUCGGAACCCACCACCAAAAGAAGACAAGCAGAUGAUUCUUAUGAACGAGGAGUUGCCAAUUACCUACGUGACAGCCAAACAAACUGACUACCAUGCUGUUGAAGACGGCGAGGCUUGCGACUGACAGGCUUGUUCGAUGGCAGAAGAGUUACUAUUUUAGCUUCUUUCCGAGAGGUUCCGCUUGAUUCUGCGUGCUUACACUUAAAUACGAUAUUAACAUAAUUUUAUUGAUGAUUUUACUAUCAUAAAAUAAUUACAGAAUAUUUAUUUUUACAUUAUUCCAAUCAUAGGUUUUCUGACAUUACUUCUCAAAUAUGGCUUGUGAUAGGUAUAUUAUAGGUAAAUAUAAACUAAUUUAGUUAGUACCGGUAGCAUUACACACGUUGUGGUAAUCACAAAAAGGAAUGGAAAAGUUUAGAAUUAAAAGUCUCAUUAUUACAGUAUUCAACAUAUUAAUAAUAUUCAGUUUAUAAUUAUUAUUAUUAAUAUUUAUGUAGGAUAGUAAAGCCUAUAUUUUAUAUAGGCUUAUAUUAUAUAUAUAAUAUACA